UCACCUGUUCGAUGAGGCCAUGGAGCCAGUCAAGGACUUCCCGAUGAACUACGCCUACUUCAUGAACCAACCCCUCGAGGAAUGGACACACCAUGCCACCCCGAGCAAGAACGUCACCCUCAAAAUGUCCACCUCCAACUCCGCGGAGUCCAACCUUGCAGCGGUUGGCCAAGAGGUACGGCAAAUGGACCCCUAUCAUCUCAACAUGAGGAUUGCGGAGAUGACUGCGGAGAAACUCGCGACGAGUGCCGAACUGAAGAAGAACAGCCCUGAUCUACUCGUUCCAUUCGCAGCCAAGUUCAUGGAGAACGAGAGGCUGCUCAGUCUUAAGUAAGUAUUGGGAACCACGCCUGCCUUCAUUCUGCGGGCGUGGUUGGGUGUACAAUACGAUUCCCUCCUGUUAUUUUUGCAAAAUACAUGUGAUCCACCCGUGCUUUUUUUCUCUUGUUGCCCUUGUCUUCUUGACUUCAUUGUUCAUCUAGUUUAUUCGGUUUUGGCUGUCGUUUUGUGUAUGGUGCACACUGUACAACCAGAGGAUGACACCUGUCUUUCAUCGACGACACAAACUCAGUUUUCGUCCGCUUUGUUCCCUUCCUUCUUCGGUUCUUGACGGCGUUUGCCCCACUCGUCGGCAGC